UGCAGAAAAUCAAGAGUCUUCAACGCGACCUCAAGGUAUUGUUAAAUCACCGCGAAAAUUCGUAGGUGUUGUUAUCGCUACUUCUGGAUUACCAGCACGUGGAAAAACACAGGUUGCGUCAAGUCUUGCCCGACGACUCAAUUGGAAUGGCGAGUCUGCUAAAGUGAUGCGAGUAAGCGACUACCGUCGUAAAAAACUGGAGUUGUAUGGCACUCACGAAUUUUUCCGGCCUGACCAUGCGGCUAAUUCGGCACUAAGACAAUUGGCAACCCGCGACGCCAUGCAGGAUUGUGCCGGAUGGCUUUCAUCUGGAAAUACCGUAGCUAUCCUGGACGGUUGCCUGGUGACUAAGGAGCAACGCCGAGAGGUGUUCGAGUACUUCACCCAGCAGUUGGGCUACCGGAUCCUCUUCGUUGAAUGCGUCUGCGAGGAUCUUGCAGCCCUGGAGCGAAACUACCAGGAGGUGAUUCGGCACAACGUCGAUUUCUUGGGGAUGGAUCCUUCCUUAGCUGCGGAGGAUCUCAAGCUCAAAGUCGCUCACUACGUCCACGCUUGGGAACCCAUGGACGAGAAAAACUAUCCCCGGAUCACCAUCGAUACCGUCAGUUUGGAGAUGCGCGCUCACAAAAUCACCGGACAUGUUGAGACCAGUGUCCUAGGGUAUCUUGGGAGUGUCACUGCUAAACCUCACACUCUGUACUUUUCUCGGCACGGCGAAAGCGAGUACAAUGUUAUCGGAAAAAUCGGCGGCGAUGCAGUUCUUAGCGCCCGUGGAGAACGUUACGCCCAAGCUUUGGCCACAAGGAUCAAUUCGAUGAAGAUCCCCGACCUUAGAGUGCUCACCAGUCGUCUUAGACGGACAAUUGCGACUGCGCGAGGGAUCGAAGCGCCACAGGAACAUGUUGCGGCGCUUAAUGAACUAGAUGCUGGUGUCUGCGAAGGGCUUUCUUAUGAAGAAAUGCAAGAACAUUAUCCUCAAGAAUUCGCCUGGCGGGACCAAGACAAACUACGUUACCGAUACCCCUGGGGAGAAAGUUACGUUGACAUAAUGCAGCGAGUUGAGCCUGUGAUAGCGGAACUGCAGCAGUCGAGCAAUAUCUUAGUGAUAUCUCACCAGGCAGUUCUUCGCUGCCUGAUCGGGUACUUCAUGGAUAAAAAGCCGGAGGAAUUGCCCUACAUGGAGGUUCCUCUGCACACGAUAAUCCGGGUGUCCAGCUGUGGAUUCAACUAUCGCAUCGAGUUCAUCAAGCUGCCGAUAGAGUGCGUUAACACAACGAGAAACAAACCGGUAAAUUGCAGCGCUAACCGCACUGACAACGACGCGCUGAGAACUGUUCCGGCGCACUACGACAUCCCUGACCCCUGGCGGAACCCUGGAAACGGUCCUUCUCUUGUUCAACAACACUGAAAACAAAUUAACGAGAAGGAGUCAUCUUCUUUGGCUUCUUCUUCUUCUUCUGCUCCCUCUUCUUUGACUUUUAUUGACAAAAAAUGAAACCAUAACAAAUAUUAUUACUUUUAAUUACGAUAAUCACAGCAAUUAUAUCUGACAUUCGAUUUGCUGUGA